GGAAGCGAGAGAAAAUAAAGAAGUUCCUUGAAACAGAGGAAUGAGAUCGCAGGGAGACUGCGGAGGGAUUUCCUACAGGCUCAACUUUUUCUCAUUUUAAGCUCGGCGAGAAUCGCCAGAAGUGAGACGAAAGUGAGGCGCUCGGAGGACCGAAGGAGACGCGUCAGUUUUGGAGGGCAGAGUCAGCGUAUUUAAGGCAUGGCUCUUGGACACCCAUUUUUCAUCUAAAACACAGCUGCUGGAAUAAGUUCCUAUGCUGAACCUGCCUCAGCCAUGAGUGGAAAAGGUUGCCAGCUCCUCGUGUCGCCCUGCAGUGUCUCCCCAUCGCUGAAUACAAUCAGAGGGCACCAGUCCCACACCAUCGGGAUACCGGUGUCUUCUUCACCUCAGCAAACCCGAUUUGAGUCGUCCAGAGUCAGAACGGAGAAAUCAAAAAGAAGGAGCAUCCACUCUUUACCUUUUGGGAACCAAAAUGAAGACGUUAUCGUGCCUAACUUGAGCCUCCGCAGAAGAGUGUUGACCAAUGGUAAAAGUCUAUCCGUGCGGGCUGGAAACCCUCAGCAAAUGCCCGCUUUGCAACUUCAAAACACAACCACCACAAAUGUCAAGAAUGGCAAACUCCUAAACUCCUCCAAUUACAGCAUUAAAGCUGAUUUUGCAGUGUCUGGGUCCACAAUGGAGGUAUGCGGUCCAGCAGCUGGUGUAAAUCUAACGGUGACCACCAGUCCCAUGAGUGUUUUCUCAGGCCCAGCGUUUCCUCCAAGGCUUCGUCCCCCAUCAUCUCACAGUGUGCCGGUGUCUCACACUGAUGCCAGGUCCUUGCUGUCCAGAGAAUCCCUGGCAUCCACCACCCUCAGCCUCUUUGAAACCCAGUCGGUGUUCAGCGGCAAACAAGACUGGGCAUAUGGUUACCGCGUGCUUCCUCCUGUGGGACUACCUCAGAGCUCCGCACAGGCCAGCGAGGGCGGAGAGCAAGUCAGCCUCUCCCCUGGCACGGCCAUGUCGGGCACGACCAUAUCGGGGGGGACAAGCGCCUCUGCCUCCCUGCCCUCGUACCUUUUCGCAGCUGACGCCGGAAGCCCCAGACAAUCUCACGCGAAGAAGAGGGCGCUCUCCACGUCGCCGUUAUCAGAUGUCAUGGGGAUUGAUUUUAACAGUAUCAUACGGACCUCCCCUACGUCGCUCGUGGCUUACAUUAACGGUUCUCGCAGCUCUCCGUCGUCCCGCUGCACCCUCUCCCCUGUUCAGCCCGAUGGGUACGGUCACUUCUUGGGGGUGAGAGGCCGCUGCAUACCCCACAACCAUCCAUGCAGCAGCAUGCUGGGCUCUGCACAAGCAGGGUAUGGACGCAUGCAGGUGCUGGAAGAGGGAGGGGGUCUGGAGACCCAGAUGGCUAACAUGAUGGUGGGACCGCAGUGCCUUUCAGAAGAACAAGGGUUCCUGGAGAAGAGUUCAGACGGUUGCAGCCAAAUGUCCAACAGCAUUCCACCACCUCUACAGACAGAGCCAGCAUCGUUGACGAGAGUCCAAGAAGAAGCCGCUGCCCCACAUGGGCCCCCGCCCCCUUACCACUCGCACCAUCACAUAAACCCUUCUCGACAUCACUGCAAAUCGAAGGCCCAAUCUCAGAGCGCCGCCACCCAAGCUCCCAUGUUUCCACACAGGCACGGAGUCGGCUUUUUACCCCAAAUUCCCAUGCUGGAGGAGGAGGAAGGGGAGGUGGAGGACUACAGCACCCACCACUGCAGGUGGAUGGAUUGCACUGCGGUUUACGACCAGAAGGAGGACCUGGUGAGGCACAUAGAGAAGCUACACGUGGACCAGCAAAAGGCGGAGGACUUCACUUGCUAUUGGCUCGGCUGUCCACGAAACUUUAAGCCUUUCAACGCCAGAUACAAGCUUCUUAUCCACAUGAGGGUCCACUCCGGAGAGAAACCCAACAAAUGCUCGUUUGAAGGCUGCAACAAGGCUUUCUCUCGACUUGAAAACCUGAAGAUCCACCUGCGCAGCCACACGGGGGAGAAGCCCUACCUGUGUCAGCACCCAGGGUGCCACAAGGCUUUCAGCAACUCCAGCGACCGAGCCAAACACCAGCGAACACACCUGGACACAAAGCCAUACGCCUGCCAGGUGCCUGGCUGUGCAAAACGUUACACAGACCCCAGUUCGUUGAGGAAACACAUGAAGUCCCAUUCUGCCAAAGAGCAGCAGUUACGCAAGAAGAUGAAAUCUUCCGCCGAAGGAACCCGAGACACCCUAACCGACUGUUUAACCAUUCACCCUCUGCAUCCCAGCAUUUCCCCUUCGGCAAGGCUAGACAACAGCUUGAACCCAGGUCUUGGUGCAACGCAAGGACAGGAUUCUUAUCACAGUCCCCACCUGACUCAGAUGUUCUCAGUGCAAGAUGACUACAGGUUUGUUGAUCAGCUGAUCUCCAGGGACCCUCCUGGGCCUUCGUCCUCCACCUGCCACCCUCCUCCUCCCAGCGGACCGGCGCUGCUGAACAACUGUGUUCUGAAACAACCUGGCCAGCCUCCAGAUGUGACAGAUCAGAGUCCAGGUUUUGGCGUCCUCGUCCAAAAUCAAGAAGCACCCGCGUAUCAAGAGAUGCAUGGUGGGGAUUACUUCUGUAUGGUGGAUCGCGGCACGAGCAAGGUCCCCAGCAUUUACACAGAAGCAUGACACCGCUCGGUUGCCGCUUGGUUUGCACUGCUUUGCAGUCCCUUUAUAUUCAAAUGAAAUGUUGAACAAUAGAACUGCGUUGUGAAAUGAAGAAUGAAAGAACCGUGAAGUCCCGGGAGGGAAAACUUGCAGGAGUUUUCGGGGAUUUUCAUGUUUUCUUGCUCAGUUCUUACACAGCUUGGAUGUAACAUAAGGUACCUUAAUACUCUCUGGUGGCAUUUUGCACAAUGUCAACACUGCAAUCAAAGCAAAGUAUGCAAGGGAUGAUUUAUUACAGUUUUUUUUUUUCCUUAGAACCCGGUCUUGGUAGCUAUAGUAACAAGACAGCCUUUAUUAUUUGACAGCAAUGUCAUACGUAUUACUUGUUGCUUGAAUAUAGUAAUGUGCAACGAGAGCUUCUGUGUGUAGAUAAUGAGGCAAAUUACUGUUUGUGAUCACACCGGUGGCUUUGAAUGCUCUAUUGCUACAAAUUACUUAAACUUGACAACAUGGUUGGCCCUCAGUGAAAGCAUGAAAUAAUGCCUUACUUUUUUUUUUUUUUUUUUUUUUUGCAGCUCUUCAUUUCUAUUUUACGUCCACAUGGUAAAGAGAAGGACCUUGGCAUAGAUACGCUGUUAUAAUAACCAAUUGUAUUAACAGUCACUUGUUUGUAUUUUAGCUAAU